AUGGGCAACAGGAGCAUUCUAAGCUCUCUAUGGAGAAAUGACGAUCAUGUCAGCGAUGAAACCGGUGACCAUAGUAGAGCAAGAUCAGACGAAACGACAACGACAAUUUCGUCAAUCGAUACCUCAUCAUCUUCAUCCUCAUUAAUGGCCAAACUCCGAUCUCAACCAUUAGACACCUCUUCUAUACUCUACCCCACACUUACCCUUCAUCCGUCUCCGAUUCACCACAACAUACUCGUCCUCUCCCUAUCCCACGUCAGCAAUGCACCGCCGACCUUGUCGAAUGACGAGCUUUUUAAUGUGUUAUUGAAAAGGCUAGAACCGUGGGUGGGAGAAGAGGGAGAAGGCGGUUAUGUGCUGAUAGUACUGGCUGAUGAGGAUCAUUCAGGUAAAGAGAAGGAGAAAAGGAAGUUACCCGGAAUAGCAUGGUGGGUAUGGAGAUGGAAGCGAUUACCUAGAAAAUAUCGAAAAAAUCUCAAGAGAUUGUAUAUCGUCCGUCCUUCUCUCUUUACACGGACACUUCUCCCCUUCAUAAUCCCCUUCAUUUCCCCUAAAUCAUACUCCAAGCUCCACCCCUUACCAUCCCUAUUGUCGCUCUACCAUGCCCACAAAGUGCCUCUCAAGGGUAUCGACAUCAGCCUAUCGGUUGUCGAAGCUGAGUCUCGUGUUCUGAAAGAACGUCCUGAUAUCAUUCCUCCUACUCCACCCACAAGGGGAAAGAACGUUGGGACUGAGGCUGUGCCGACACUCAAAAGAAUCGAUAGUGAAUCGAGUUUAGCAAGCUGGGGAUAUCAGACGAUUUCCUCAGCUAUGGAGACUGCCGCUUCGUACCUCCCCAUACCACACUUCGGUCUCGGUUCAUAUGAUAAUCAGCAAAGUCCGCUAGUGUCUGGGAAUAAGGGAUAUUGGGGUAGAGAUUUGGAUGAUCUGAUUAGAGCGGCAGAAGGAAAUGUUAAUGGAGGUAUACCUUCGUUACUUGUUGAUUUAGGAAAGGCCAUCUUGCAAGAGUGUAUACGUACUGAAGGUGUAUUCAGGAGGACGUCGAAUUCACAUCUAGUUCCCACUCUCAUAGCCAUCUUGGAUGUCCCAAUAUCUCAACAACCUAAUUUACCUUGGCCGGAAAUAGCCAAAGAAGAUCCAUUACUCCCACCUAAAAUCCUUAGUCGAUUCUUGGGUGAUAUGAAGGAACCGAUCUUGAGUAAUAGUGUAUACGAUUUGAUCAGAAGGACGAGAACGAUUGAAGAUAUAAAAACCAGAUUCAUCCCUUCCCUAUCUUCUUCAACCUCCUUACUCCUUAACUACCUGAUCGAUCUAUUGCAUCAACUAUCGCUUUACUGCGAAACGACCAGAAUGAACUCGCUGAAUCUCGCCAUUGUAAUCGCACCUGUCUUGAUUCACGGACCGGAUCCUAUCGAAGACACUAUACUGUGUUUGGAACCUUCCAAACCGAUCCCACCGGGAUUACGAAAAAUGGCAGAAAUCAAUGGUCUGAAUUUGGCAACUGAAGAAGGGGUCGAUGAAGGGCAGAGAAGUAAUACUUUGGUGGGAAUGUUGGAUAUGUGGAUCAGGGAUUACCCUAUCUCGUGA